AUGGGAAUGAGAGAUUUUCGUAUCAAAAUCAAGGCUUUGAGAGUGAAACUUUCAUGUUUAGGAAAAAGAAGCACGAGAAGAAACCAUGAAAUUGCAAACAAACCUUCAUGGAUGACGCCGAUAUCGCACGGUCAUCAUGUGGUGGAGCAUGAUUUGUUUGAAGGCGAUGAUUCUGAUGAUUAUGAAUUUGAUUCAGUUGUGAUACAGAGAGAGCAAAUUGGAGGUGCUGAAUUGUGGUAUUUCGGAAUUUUUGAUCCUGUGAUUGGAGAUUGUGUUACCAAGUAUUUGCAAUCUAAUUAUUUUGACAAGAAGCUCACAGAGACUCAUUUGGCAAGAAAAGCGAAAGAAACACUCAAGAAAGCAUACCUAGGUGCAAAAACAAAGAUCAGAGAAACACAAGAAUCAGAGGAAACUUGCUUAAUAGGUUCAACAUCAGUGAUAAUAAUAAAUGGAGAAAAACUUGUACUAGCCAACAUAGGAGAUUACAGAACUGUUUUGUGUAAAGAUGGUGUAGCUCAUCAGACACAUGGAAGAUACAAUCAUCAAUCAGCUAAGAAACAUUGGUAUCACAGACUCUUUUCAGUAAUAGCAUGUGAAUCAGGUGGUAAUGCAACUGCUACAAAGUAUGCUAAAGCUUCGGAACUAGUGGUUGGAGGUUACUACCGGAUCGACUCAUCCACCGAGUUUGUGAUCUUAGCAAGCAAUGGAAUAUGGGAGGUGAUGAAGAACCAAGAGGCGGUGAAUCUUAUUAGGCACAUAGAGGAUCCACAAGAAGCAGCUGAGUGUCUGGCUAAGGAAGCAUUGGUUAGAAGGAGCAAAGGCAACAUUUCAUGUUUGAUCAUUAGAUUUGAUUGA